AUGCCCAGAGGAAGACGAGGACGGCGUUCAACAGGUUACUCCGCACGAUCCAAAAAUACUAGUCAGUCGGCAAGUGAUGAGGAUGCUCCGGCAUCGCAACCAGAUGAUGCAUCAGCGGAUUCUGAAGAUCGUCAGGCAGAUGUGAAACGACGUGCAAACGGACCGGAAGAAGAUGAAACGAUGCAGAUUCAAGAUGAAGAACACGAGGAAGCCGAACCUCAUGGUGAGGAGGCCGAGGAGAAUGAAGAAGAGGAGGAUGUAGAAACGGGACAAUUAACUCCGGUGCAUAGUCGUCGUCUGACCGAAGGCGAAAUUGAUGUGGAUGAUGCGGAAAGUGUGAGCGCAGAGGAGGAGCCCGUCGAGGAGGAGGCCGACGAUUUGCUCAGCCCGGCCGAGAAGGCUGCACGUAUAUGUCGUCUACCGGCAAAAGAUGUGCACAGUGAUGAGUUACUCUUGUUGCCAUUUCUAGAUACGUGCUCGCGCCCUGUACGUGAGGCCUACUUAUGUGUACGCAACUUCGCGUGCAUGUUAUGGUCCGAAGAUCCAUGUGUUCAAGUCACACCUGCACGCUUGGUUAAUUAUCUCACCAGCAAUAUGUCAGCUGAGAAUUUGCGGUUGAUGCUUGACGCCGGAUUAACUGCUCCGCUUCCGUCCGGUACUAGUGCAUCCACGAGUACGAAUGUGUCCACAUCACGCGGUUCCACUUCAUCCGCUUCGUCUGUUUGUGAGGAACCUUCUUCUUCAGGGCCCGCUGGCAACAAUGUUGUCAACAGUCAAAACAGUCGACAAACCGGGACCAAUAACAUCAACGAUGUCAGUAGCAACAACGUUGGUAAACAAACCAAAGAAUCCGGUCGCUCAUCUCAUUCCCGACAUUCGAACGUACUGUCACUGCCGUCCAACUGGUCCCCAUGGAGUACACCCCAAGCAAAAAACAAUCGGGAUAAGCUAUGCUAUUACGCGAUCCUAUUUCUCGAACGAUAUGGUCACAUCAAUUUCGGUUUGUUUCGUGUGUCAUCUCCUCCACUUACACAUAUCUCGUCUCGAACAUCCAGUCAUGGACUAGACACCGCAUCUGAUUCACCUUCGGAACCGCCGUUAACUCCAAGGCGAGCGGCUGCCGAGCGAGCGCUCGCUGCAACCCGACGCAGUACCGGGACUGGAUCCUCGUUGUCGACCACCACCGCCACCUCAACAACAACAAUAACAACAACAACAACAACAACAACAACAACAACAACCGGUACCACCUGUUCAAACCAACCGUUACAUAUUAUUGUGCUAGGUGCUGGCAUGGCCGGUCUAAUGGUUGCCAGGCAGCUAACUUACUUCGGCGUCAAAGUGACGCUACUGGAAUCACGAGAUCGUGUUGGUGGUCGAAUAUGGACCUAUCGUAAAGGAGACGCAUUUGGUGAACUGGGUGCUAUGGUUGUGACUGGAUUAUGUAAGUUUGAUCAAAUCUCAGAUACACAAGCUGAUAUUUCAGUCGUUAGAUAA